AUGGCUGGAGAUGAAGAGCACGAUGGCGCCACCGUCCAGGAAAUCCUGAUCGAAGCCUGCCGCCGAAACAACCUUGAUCUUCUCAACGACUGUCUCGAGGACAAGUCCGAUGCCGAGAUCUCAAAGCUCCUCAACGAGACCACAACUGUCAUGGGCAACCAUCUCUACCACGAAGCCGCCUCUCGCGGAAACUACGAAAUUAUUGACCACCUCCUCGACCAGCCCGAAUUCGAGUGCGAUCCCAUCAACCGUUCAGAAGGUGACACACCUCUUCACAGCGCCAUUCGUUGGAUCAACUCAGAGCCGCCCGCGCAGCGACCCUUCGGCAACGCCCUCGUCGAGAUGAUGCUUGAGGCCGGCUCCAGCACACGAGUCAAGAACAAGGCCCGUCUUACCCCCUACCAGCUUGUCGAUCCUACAAACACAGAACUCCGCGAAAUCAUUCAGAAGCAUGAGUAUGCGAACCAAAAUGCUGGAGACUUUAUCAAUGUCAACAACUCGACGAGCCAUGGUGGGGCCGUGCUCGAUGUUCCAGACGACAGUGAUGAUGAUGCUGAGUUCAGUGGAAGUGAUGAAGAGGAGAGAGCUGAGUGGGAGAGGAGGCGGAAGGAGAAGCAACGCAAAUAG